UGAAUGUCAUUUGGUGAGGUGAUGUCUACUGGCUAGGGCAGGUGGUGUUACCUGUAGAUACAGACAGAAUGUUGUAUCUCGGUAUAAUGCCACUCAUAAGGAAAAUGACAGCCAGGUUUGCUAGCUGACAACAGCAUGAGCCUUAGUAAACAGCUGGUAUUUCGACUCAAUGACAAUGGUGUUGGGCCAGAGCUGUUGAGAGAUGUCUUUGUAGAACGGGGAUGGAUUGAAUUUGAUGAAGACACUCAAGAGGAGUUUGACUGGAACAUUUGGUGGAAAACAAGCAGAUUUAGGAACUCUGAGUAUGAACAAAUUCUACCAUGGCAGAGGCUUAACCACUAUCCUAAAACCACAGGCAUCACUAAAAAAGACAGCUUGGCAAGAAAUCUCAAGCGAAUGAAAGGAGUAUAUGGUCCUAAUGUAUAUAAUUUUAGUCCUUUGUCAUACAACGUACCCAAUGACUACACACGUUUUGUGUCAGAUGUAUCAAAACAGAAACAGCACAAUCCUGACCAGUUGAACUUUUGGAUAUGCAAGCCAGCAGACCUAUCACGUGGAAGAGGCAUCUUUUUGUUUAAAGACAUCAACCAACUGCAGUAUGAUUGUACUGCAGUUGUCCAGAAGUAUAUUCAAAACCCUUUGCUCAUCUCAGGAUACAAAUUUGAUAUCAGAAUUUAUGUGUGUGUGUCCAGCUUCCAUCCACUGUAUGUCUAUAUUUACCAAGAGGGACUUGUGCGCUUCAGUACUGAAAAAUUCGACCUAAGCUCUUUGACAAAUGUAUUUUCACACCUUACAAAUACUUCUAUCAACAAGCAUGGGCCCAUGUACACAUUAGAAAAAGAAAGAGUUGGACCUGGCUGCAAAUGGACACUCACACAGUUACGAUAUUAUCUCCAUCAAGCAAAUAUUGAUGAUCGCCCUCUAUUUGCCAAGAUAGAGAAUCUCAUUAUAUUGACAUUACUUGCUCAAAUUCCACAAGUCCCAAAAAUCAACAACUGCUUUGAACUGUAUGGUUUUGAUAUUUUGAUUGAUGAUCAACUCAAACCUUGGCUUCUUGAAGUCAAUUUUAGUCCUGCACUGGGUGUGGACUGUGUCACAGAUGUGACUGUUAAAAAGCCAUUGGUAAAUGAUGUGAUUGAUAUGCUGAACUUCAAAAUCCAAGAUGCAGAUAGAGGUGGAAGUGAUUUUAAGAAACGCUAUGCUUGUAGAAUGUUUACUGGACGCCCUCCUAGACCAAAUUCAGCCAAGAGACCAGUGUCAAAACAACUAUCAAAAAAGCCUGCCAUAAAUCCUAAUGGUUCCAAACUUCCCAGUAUCAACUUGAAUGGUAAUAUGAGUGGAAGCAGUGAAGCAGUAAAUACAGCUGGUGAUGAUGAUCUAUCCCUUUUUUCUGAUUAUUCAGCACAAACCAGACGCUCACUUGCCAGUAGAGAGGCUCACUCCAGAAAUGCAUCUAGAUCUGAUAGUUCAGACACUUCAACAUCAUCAUCCACACCUCGUAGCAGCAAUGGAACACAGCGAAGCCUGACUUCAAAGUCUGGUUUGAAGAGAGUCGACUCAAGGGCCAAUAAUUUGCAUACAAUAGUAGAGGGAAGAUUGAGUAGGUUGACCAAGGACUUAAAUGGAAAUGAUUUAAAAAUGGCCCGUGAAGAUAGUAUUGGAUCAUUUCAUUCAGAGAUAACAAUGUCUAGUCUUCCACCUGACAGUGCAGACUCCUUGUCUUUUUCAAGUGAAGAAGCAUUUGAAAAACAAGCUCAUUUCAGUGACCAGCGCAAACAGCCCACUAGUGAAAAGAAAGAGGGAAGAGAAAAGAAAGGUCAAGUGAUCACUGUAAAGCAGUCCUCAUUGUCACAAACAAAACAAACUAGCCAUAACAAUCCUUUGCAGUCACGCAAUUUCCAUGCCAAUUCCUUUCAUAAAUUCAAGUCAGAUGACAUUUAUGCCAAUAACAAACAUUUCUUGUUUGAUGGUGACCGUGAAAAGGCCACGAGAAGCAUGUCUUCUUUAAAACAAAUGAAAAAGACUUCUAGUUUCAGCAAGCUUCGUCUGAAGUCCCAGAUUCACAAUAAGGAGAGAGCAGGGAUGGGCGCACAAGGACGGUCUUCGGUUCAAAGCCCAGACAAGCCUCAUGGGGGGAGGUUUGACAGUGGGGAUUCCCAGAAACCUCACAUUAAAAGUGGUCCACGUAAGAGGGUUGGUGAUUUUUAUCUAGUCUACCCACUCAGUGAACCUGGCAGAGGAUCCCACACUCAGAGUCUGGAUAUCAGGGCUGCAGUACGUGAACUCCAGCAGAAGUUAAACUCUGUUCUAGGAAAGGGAAAAGUGCCAAAGAGCCCAACACGUGCAGGCCAUAUGCGUAAAGCUGCAAAGGCAGAUGAAGAGGUGGAACCUACUCUGUGGGCUCCUAUCAAACCUGAAGAAGGACAUUCAAAUGCUUUGCAUGAAACAUAACAAAGAACUCCUAUGAUCAGCGCUCAAAAGAGGCAAUCUGGGAGGUAGCCUUCUGGGUCUUUGAUGCCAUAAGGAUGAUGUGUACCAAGCAGUGCGGCUUUUUAAAAAUCAUAAUCUGGGGAAAUUGUUAUUAAAUAACUGUGCACUUUCAAAGUUUGUAUGAUUUGGUGAAUUGGACAGUAAGUGAUUACUAACUGAACUGUGUGGCCCAAAGUCUCUGUGUUAUAAGUCAUUUCAUUUUUAAUUUAUGCCUUUUAUAUUUUAAAAUUGUUAUAGUGUCAAUUGAAAUUCUGUAUAAAAAGCAUCCUAUCAUAAAUGUCACAGCAAGCUGCAGCAUACAUUACCAGUUGAGUAUAUGCACAGAUACUUGCCCACUAUGCAGUUUCAAUGAUUCUAGGAACAGAUUUGCUUUUUAUAGAUUUUCAGGAUGCCAUAUAGCAUAUCAGCUGUUGAUAUUAUGUGUGGUCUAUGCAUAUUUAUGCAUAGCACAAGAACUGCGAAAAGGCAAAAAUUGUGGUGACAUGCUAAUGACAGUGUCAGUCUGCAGUUACCUACAUGUAUGGUUUACAUAAAAGGUUCCGCAUAUUAAUGUAAUCUAACUUGCCAUAAGUCUAUGCAUUAUCUAUUUGAGUUUGCCAUAAGACAGUGAAUGUGAUAGUUGUAAUCUUAAGUAACAAAUUUAAAUAAUAUGCUCAAUGUAUUGUAGUUUGUUUUAUAAGAUUAUUCUCCCACCUUAUUAGAUAGUAACUAAGUUUAAGAGGAUAUUGGAAGACAGUGGUGCAUUUAUUAAGGCAUAAUAUCUCAUACCAGUCAUAUUUUAACAUUUGCUUUUCAUGCUGCUGUAAUGUUCUGUGGAUUUUGAUGGUUUGCAAUUUAUGUAAAUUAAAUGUUUUAAUUAACUGUUAGCUAGUACUUAUAAUUACCUUUAAGAAGGUUGUGUUGCUCUAACAUAUGUUUCUUUUGUUCAGUUAGUCAAAUGUUGUUAAUUGUUAUUCAUAUUUUGCAACAAGGGAAUGUGAUACUUUAAUAAAAAGGACUUUCAGACAGGCAUAUUUCACCAAGAUGUACUGUAGAUUUUUAUCAUAAUUGAACAGGCCAUACAGAUUGACCACAGUUGUUUUGAUAUGGUUCCAAUUUCUAGUACUGUUUAAUUGGUACCUGGCUUAAUUAAAUGUACAAGUUAAAAGUUUUUGAAUUAUAGAUUUUAAAUGAAGGAAAUUUGUGCACAAAUUGAAUCGAAGCUAGGCUUCGCUAGGGUUAAAUAAUAUGCCAAUUCUGAGUUGUUGCUGAGUUAUUUAGACAUAGGGUUUUCUUACAAUAUGCUUUGUAUUCUGACUGCUUUGUAUUCUGACUUAAGUGGUAAUUUAUGCUAACUAAUGAUUUGUGCCUUUUCUUAAAUUUAUUUUAAUGUUCUUAAUAUUUAAAAGCUGUUUUAAUUAACAAUGGUGUUCUUACAACUGUAGACCCCAAAAUAAAA